AUGUUCCGCGCAGUGUCGAUCGGUUGGAAGAAAUACUGGUGGGGAACAGGAAUAUUACCUGACAGGUCAAACCGAAUUGAAGACAUUUACCUUCGCUACUACAACGGGAGUUCAGCGGACGAAUACAUAGACAUUCCGCUAAGCAAAGCCGUCGACCUGUUCGACGUCAAAGGCUUCGAUAGGAGUAAAGCCACUGUCCUAUACAUUCACGGCUUCAUCGAGACAGCGCAGCAGGAGAGCAUCAAGGUCAUGGUCAACGCAUAUCUGGAGGCGAGACCGAACACAAAUGUCUUGCUCUUGGACUGGUCUAAUAUGGCGCAUGGAUCCUAUUUAGUCAAUGCGGCCAGAAAUACGAAAAAGGUUGGAGCCACAACAGCGGAAUACCUUCACAAGCUGACAGAAGCCGGCUUACAGUUGGACAAUCUCCAUUUAAUAGGGCAUUCGCUUGGAAGUCACGUAGCUGGAUACACAGCGCGUGAACUGAGAAAUAAAUUCAACAAAACUGUCAAAAGGGUGACUGCACUCGACCCAGCCUUCCCGGCCUUCUAUCCAGACGGCGUGGUAAUGGAACACGUGAACGAAAACGACGCCGAAUUUGUGGACAUCAUACACACAGAUGCUGGCGGUUACGGAGCGCCAGUGCGCACCGGGACAGCUGACUUUUGGCCCAAUGGCGGGAAAAGAGUGCAACCGGGCUGUCCUCGAUUCGCACCGAUACCGCUCUCCGAUGAAAAUUUGUGUAGUCAUUGGCGUUCAUGGAGAUUUUACGCGGAAUCUGUACGAAACCCAGAAGCGUUUCCUUCUUCGCCUGCGGAAUCGUACCAUAAAUUUAAAGAGAAUUCCACACCAGAAGUUGGUAUGGUUUAUAUGGGCGCAAACUGCGAUCCAAGUGCAAAAGGCUCGUACUACUUAACGACUAACGCUGAGACUCCUUAUGGAAAAGGUAUGGAAGGUUUAUACCCGAAGCAAAAAAACACUAAGAAGAAA